UGCACAUUAUUUAAAGUUUCCUCAAUCCACCCGUUCUCGUUCUCACCCUCACUCUCGUCUUUCUUCUUCUUCUUCCUCCUCCUCCUCUUCGGGUUGGAGAGAAGAGCGAUGUACGCGAGCUGGGUUUGGGCUGUCUUGGCGCUGCUGCGUGGAGAUCUCGUGCCGUGCGAUCAGGCUCCUUCCUCUCGCUCCCUCUGUUGUUGUUCUUGUCGCCGCCGCCGAUCGUAUCGGGGAACUGAGGCGGGGAGGACGCCGUUCUGAAGAUCGAGAGGGAGCGCCGCGAAGAGAGACGGGGCCUCCCGUUUCCUAGGACGUUGUUUGGGUGCCCGUUUCGGACCUUCCCCGAGCUUCGGAUUCCCAUCAGGUGCGGCGUUGAUUGCCCUUCAAUGUAUUCGCAAGUGACACCACAAUUUCCAUGUAAGUGAACAGACGUGACGACAGAAACCUCGGCGGCGAUCGGCAAAGAACCAAAAUAUGGAGGUCGCUGCUUAUCAACCCUACAUCGAUCCCGACUACGAUUCCCUCAUCGAAAGAAUUUAUCCCGCUAGGGUUUGCAUCGACAACGAGACCUGCCGAGACUGCACGCUCGUGAAGGUCGAUAGUGCGAACAAGCACGGGAUUCUGCUGGAGAUGGUCCAGGUCUUGACAGAUCUCGACCUCGUCAUCUCCAAGUCAUACAUCUCCUCGGACGGCGGAUGGUUCAUGGACGUGUUCCACGUGACGGACCAGCUCGGGAACAAGCUCACCGACGAGAGCCUCAUCCUUUACAUUCAACAGGCUUUGUGUGCGACGAGGAGAGGGGGUCUCUCCAAGGAAAUACAAGGAUCAUCGCAGACGAAACAUUUCGGACCUCAUCACGUGUCCUCCGAGCACACGGUGCUAGAGAUGACGGGGACGGACCGACCAGGUUUACUGUCCGAAAUGUCGGCCGUCUUGGCUGAGCUGGCGUGCCAUAUUGCCAUGGUAGUGGCGUGGACCCACCACACACGAGCCGCGUGCAUAUUCUAUGUGGAGGAUGGGGUGAAGGGUGGGCCCAUCACGGACCCGGAGCGCCUGGCCCAGAUAGAGGAGCAGCUGGAGAACGUGGUCGAGGCCCACCAUGCCGAGGGGGAGAGGAGGAGCGUGAGGCUGAUGGCACCCAUGGCCGGGCGGAUGCACACUGAACGGCGGCUCCACCAGCUGAUGUUCGCCGACAAAGACUACGAGCAGUGCCGCCGCUGCUGGAGCAACGGUUGCGGGGGUGGUGGCAGCCGGGGCGGGUACGAGCAUAGGAAUGGCUGCGAGAGGGCCCACGUGUUGAUAGAGAGUUGGAAAGACAAAGGGUACUCGGUGGUGAACGUGCGGAGCAGGGACAGGCCGAAGCUGUUGUUCGACACCGUGUGCGUCCUAACGGACAUGCAGUAUGUUGUGUUCCACGCAUCAGUUAGCUCGGAGGGCUCUUCGGCUAAUCAGGAGUAUUUCAUAAGGCAUCAGGAUGGAUGCACCCUGGAUUCGGAGACUGAGAAGCGCAAACUCGCUCAAUGCCUCCUGGCUGCGGUCGAGCGCAGAGCGUCACAUGGAUUGAGGUUAGAAGUGAGCACUCAAAACCGGACGGGCCUGCUCUCGGAUGUGACCAGGGUGUUCCGCGAAAACGGCCUAUCGAUAACAAGGGCCGAGGUAGGGAUCCGCGGAGAGCGAGCCAUCGGUUCGUUCUAUGUGACCGAAGCUUCUGGGAACAAUGUGAACCUGAGCACGGUGGAACUGGUGAGGAAAGAGAUCGGGGGAUCGGUCUCGAUCUUGAACAAGUCCUCGGGAGUGAGUACUCCUCGGGGUCCAUUGUCGGCAGGCCUCAUUAGCAGAAGCGGGGAUGAAAAGCCAAGGUUGUCGCUCGGAAGCCUUAUCUGGUCUCAGCUCGAGCGUUUCUCCAGCAACUUUGGACCAAUAAGGUUAUAAUGUGAGGUAACGUUUGCUAUGGACAAGUGUGCUUAGAAAUGUACUUUGUAAAUAAGGCUUGUAAGCACCAUGUCACUUGGUCAAGUAGCGAUAUGUUGUUCUUUGACGGAGUCUAGGAAUUAGCCUUUAAGAGUAGCUUUCCGUCUUCAGAUCUGUAAAAUGUCAAUGAAAUUAGUCUCUCCAGUUCAAAGUUU